AAGUUCCAGAAUACUUUGCCCUCUCGUACACGUGGGGGAAUCCGGAGCUAUGUAAGGAGAUAUCAAUUGAUGGCAAGACGUUGAAGAUUACGCAGAAUUGCGCUGAUGCUCUACGCCGAAUGCUGCGCGGGAAAGCGGAGCGGUUGAUAUGGGUAGACUCGAUAUGCAUAAACCAGGCGGGCGACCCGGCGGCUUUGGAAGAGCGAGGAAAACAGGUUGCGUUGAUGGAUGAAAUUUAUAGGAAGGCGACGCAGGUAAAUGUGCAUUUGGGCGUCGGGGACGCUGCUAGCGAUGUUGCUAUCAUGGCCAUGAGAAGUUUGAUACAAGCCUACCUGCCGGCAAAGUUGCCCGGUCCUCAGCAGGCGACGGCACGCGUGACGUACAAUGCCCUCGCCGAUGAUGUUUUAGGUGAGUUUCCAGACGGUAAACUUGUAAAAUGAGAGACUGUACUAGACAUGGACUGAACCCACCAACAAUAGCAACAUCCGCCGAAUACCCUUACGGCAAACUACACGGGCUUUUCCGCCUCCCAUGGUUUCGACGGACUUGGGUUGUACAAGAAGUUGCUCUUGCUCGCAAAGUCAUGUUCUACUGCGGAGACUACAUGAUAGCUUUCGACAACCUCGUUGUCGCAGCCGACUUCACGCGCCUUCCGUAUUCUAAGCUUGACAUGCAAGCACGCCACUGGAAGUCGUACCUCGAUUGGCACCACAUGCUCAAUGAAUUCAUCCGGCGAUACGAGCAGGGCGAAACAGACGUUACCACAACGGUUGGGUUUGGCCUGUUCGAGCUCCUCGCCGCAACGUUGUUGCUGGAAGCUACAAGAGCCGAGGACAAAGUGUACGGACUGUAUGGGUGCGCGAAGACGUUGGGAUUCGAGUUGCCAGUCCCAGACUAUACAAAGCCCAUCGCAGUUGUUUAUACGGAAGCAGCGCGAGCUUGCUUGCGCCAGGCUCAGAAUCCGCUCAGGCUUCUAGAAAUAGUAGAGGGGAGUGCUGGGGAGGAACUUGGACUCCCUUCGUGGGUGCCGAAUCUUUCCGGGUGCGUGAGGAAGUGGACGCCAGAGAAUCCGCCGAAGACGAGUACAAACUCGAGAAGCAAUAAGCUGGUAUCGGGAGGGUCACAGAGCGAGUGGAAUCUCAUGGUCGACGAACGAAGACUGAGGGUGCGUGGAAGGAGAGUCGAUCACGUAGCCGCUGUUGGGCAGCCUUGGAAAGUCGACCAUAGCACGACGCUAUUAGGUGAUGCCUGGAGCAACUCGGGACAGUAUGUUGGGAGUCUUGUAGACUGCAUUUUGACCUGGCUGGAUAUUGUCCUACAGCGCAACAGAAGUGUCCAAGGCAGUGGAGCAGGCGAAGUGGCAGCUACGCAGGAUCUGGCCCGACUUCUGACCAACGGCCAUCGCUCCCUCGUCGAGCCACUCGACCGCGUUACCCAGUAUCUUUCUGUUCUGAUCAAGUGCGCAAAAGCGGACGAUACCGUUGUCCGCUCAAGCUUGAUCCAUGCACAGGACAGCAUCUUGGAGAUCCGGCAGAUUGGGCAUUACUUUGUUAGCGAAAACAUGCAACGGGUGAUUACGCAGAUGGGAGACUUUGCGUGGAGAACGGUAUUCCGGACUACUCGUGGCUAUCUAGGCGUCGGCAGCUACAGCUCGAGACCUGGCGAUUUGGUUGUUGUACUCCAUGGCAUGGCGACGCCGUGUCUGGUACGACCUUCCGCGGAGGGAUUUGUAUUUGUUGGUGCGGCUUUUGUGAAUGAGAUUAUGAAUGGAGAAUUCUGGUCCACGGGAUCGAGCUCCAAUGACGAAUGGUUUGUCUUGGUAUGACGCUGAAUUGGUCUAUGUUGUUUCAUUUGGCAUAACCGCAUACAUUGAGACGAGAAUGGAAGACGAUGAUGGUAAUGCUUUCCAGCAGCAGGAAAUUCAAAACACUCUACUACGUAGAGUUUACUUUACGGCCAAGUGCUUCAGAUAGGGAGCAGAAUGACAGCCUGAUAGAUUUCGCAAUGAAGAAUAUCAGCUGACAUGACACGACACGACAGGAUACAGAUG